AUAAUCAUUUUUUGGAGGGAAAUCUGAAUAUAAAGUAAAACCUCUCUCAUCCUCAACAUAGAGAAGGAUUGUUGGUGAGGUGAGUAGCAAUGGAAGGAGGAGCAAGAAGAGAAGGGGCUAUACCAUGCACCAUCCUAAGCAUAGACCACAGAGACAUGUACUACAGAGUCUGCUCCAUUUGUGAAAAGACUCUUCCCUCUCCCAAUCUCCUCUGCAACUUCUGCAGCAAAAACAACAACAAUGCCUCCUCCAAACGACUCUUCCGAAUCCUUAUGUCAAUUGCAACAGACACCAAGGUAGUUACAGUGAUUUGCUUCGAUAGGGUUGCUAGGGUUCUCUUUGGUUGCUCUGCCGAUGAGUUCUUCAACUUCGCCAAGCUUCACCCUUUUUCUGGGGUCACUGUGAAUGAGAUUCUGGAGGGAGAGAUGUUCACUGUGACGUUUUCCAAAUCAGUGAGUGGCAAUGCACAGCAUACAAGGCUUGCUUCUGCUGUUCCCCUCAGCUCUGUGUUUCGUCCAGUAAUUCAGGUUUUGAGGGAAUGCUAUGGAUCACAACAUGGUUCCUAAUCAGUAAUCAUCAACACCUACUUUGUUUUGUUUAUGUUUUUUAUAGUUGUAUGUUUUGAUAGUUUGAAAUUUGCUUGCUUGGUGUAAACUGGAAAAGUGAGAGAAUUUGGAAAAAAAAUCACUUUCUAUUGAUACAACACAACAGAAAAAAAUCACUUGCUGUUGGUUAUUUUUUCACAA